AUGACUCGCAUUGUUAUCAAAUGGAACCAUUUUGCAAUUUGUGACUCCAAAGAAAGCAAUCCUGGAUUUCCUCACAACUUGCGUUUGAAUUGUAGCCAAAAGAAAGUUUCAUUCGUUCCAACACGCGAAUUUUAUUUCAGAGCAUAAGAUUACAAUUGCAACGCUAAAAGACGUGAUUAAAUACAAGUAACGAAGGAAAACAAAUGCAAAGGAAUCGAAAGCGUCAUCACGAUUGAGGAAAAAGAUCACAAAACAAAGACAAUGACCAAUUCGCGCCUUUUAGGGUAAGGAACAAGAGAAAUUUGACACGUCCAAGUGUCAAACCGGAAGAAGUCAGUGCACAGACUCGCGUCACUUAUUGAUCAGAUAAAGGUAUUCCCGGUUACCAGAUAUUUUCUGUUGAACAGAAGCGAAGAAACCAGAGAAUUUAAGAUUAUUCUUGAAAACUAGCUGAUUUCUGAAAACUAGCCGAAACGACGUCAGGUCACAUUCCCGUAAUAAGAUAAACUUACAAGUUCUCAUGAACUCCAUACCAGACUGUGUCGGAAAUCGCGAUAAAAUUAGUAGUACCAUAAGGUCCAUUUUAAGUAACAGCGGAAGUUCUAAACUAUUACGAAAUUGAAACUAUAUAGGUUUAUCUCCUUUUUCUGCCUAUAUAAUGAGGAAAAUUCGCACGUACUUUAUUAGCUCUCGAGCGAAGAACGAAGAAGGCGAGCGGUAAGAGUGCCUAGAUCAGAGAACCUUCGUGAAUAACAUUGCAAAGAACACCAGCAAAAAUACAAUGACGGUCAUGAUACGACAAGGAAUAGAAUGACUUCUUACCUUCAGGUUUUGCUACGCUGUUUGUGGCACUUUCUGUGACUUUUCAAAUUACACCAUCAAUGCAUGCAGCCCCCAUAGCUUGUACAAGGUUGACAGCUAAGAACUGUGCUGAGCUGUACACAUGCGGCCAAACGAUCAGCGGUGUUUACACAAUCGACCCAGAUGGUUCUGGUGCCUUUAAUGUAUAUUGUGACCAAACAACAGCUGGUGGGGGUUGGACAGUGUUUCAGAAGAGAUUGGAUGGCUCUGUUGAUUUUAACCGCACCUGGAGUGACUACAAACGCGGCUUCGGUAACUUUAUUGGUGAACUUUGGCUCGGACUGGACAAGAUAAACCGCCUGACAGCAAACAAGACGAAGAACAUGCUGCGAGUUGAUCUGGGAGUAGAAACUGGCGAAACUGUUCACGCUGAGUAUAGCUGGUUCGGGAUUGGAAACGAGGCAGAUGACUACAGGCUGCACGUUGGCAUUGUUACAAAUAGGAAUUUUUUGGAUUCCCUCGGUCCUCACAGAGGCUCCGCUUUUGGUACCUGGGAUAGCGGUCCUGCCUAUUGUGGUCAAGAAAGAGGCGGAGGCUGGUGGUAUCGUUCUUGUUCAGUUUCGUCAAAUCUCAACGGAAUUUAUUCGCGUUGCGGGAACGUAACCAUUGGCAAUAUCUUCUGGUCAAGCUUAGGUCCACGUCCACGCAGUGCAGCUAUCACUGCUCCCACAUCGACUGAAAUGAAAAUUAGACCAGUGGGUUUUUAGUAGAACGUUCUUUAUAAGGGUAUAAUGAUUUUCACUUGGUCUGAUCGUUUGUUUUGGAGGUGAUAAGCAAAGUAUGACUGGCCCAUUUAUAUCCAUCGCUGAUUACGAUUGUGAUUUUCUGAUCAGUGUUCACUUGGCCUUGCUCAGUGAAUUUAAAUAUAGUCCUGUGGGGAAACACCAUCUUGAAUUGUUUCCCACUGUAAGCUUUGUAAGCUAUGAUUUGAAAAUGCUACAAGUCAAAAUCAGUUCGCUUGCAGUCGGAAUCAAAAUAAACUUUAAACUAGUUUUAUUGUAUCGUACUCAGUGAUUUUCGCUCGGGUUUAAAGUCUACAAUGAUGAAAUUUACAUCUGCGUAAUCGAUGCUGUUUUAAACAUUAACGAGUAGUUUCUACCACGAAUCUUUUACAAUAUGCUGAUAAGAAAAAUGACGACGCAUAGACUCAACCAUAGUCUUUCGCUUUUAAUUAGAUUUUAAGAGAAUACAUCUUGGCCCUUUUCAUUGGUAUUCCUACUGUUUGAUUCUUAGCAGACUUUAUAAUAGGAGAGAAGCUACAUCCUACACAUUCUUUUAAAUGAAAUGAAAACGAUGUUCUAACAACUUGAAAAGAAUGUUUCAUAGGUAAUCCUUCAUCAGGUCAAGGUUAAUUCAUAAGGAUUUGUUUACAUAUUGUAACGUUAUGAGCCAUUAGCUGGGGUUUAUAUUUUUCCACUUUUUAUAGUUUUUUCCUUUUUUGAUAACUUUUAAAACUUUGCUAUUCUAGAGCUAUCAAUAAAACCACUGAAGAUGAUAUUACCAAAAGAAA